UGCCACUCUUCUUAGGCCAGGCAACGUACUUUUAUAUCCAACUGUCGAUGAGUCACGUUGUAAAAUAAAACCUCACUUAAAAUAGAAUAGGAGGAACGCACUACGGAGGCCGGGAGGUGCAAACCGGGGAAAUACAAAACUCGGAAACGCCUCACGAGCGUCUGUCACACACAUCUCAGAGGCGGUCAGCAUCUGGAAGAUGGAUCCCCACCAGCAAAGAGACCCAGGAGGCCGGCUGGACCCCAGAGGGACGCCCCUGGGACACAGUCCGGCUGGUGGUCAGACACCCCAACAAGUCGAUGGAGACAUUCAGGACGUUGGAAGCCAACCAGCGGCUAACAGACAGCCGCAGUAUUUAGGUGGAUUCACCAUGAUCCCGCCAAACCAAUCCCGCAGAAGCGAGAUGCAAGCAGUGGCUCAGAAAGGAGAGCAGGAUUACCAGAGACUGAAAGAGUCCCAGAGGCCUUCUGCCGUACACCUCAACCCAGAGAGGCUGGGUGGCCACGUGACGUUGGCUGAAGCCAGGCAGAAGCAGCUGACAGACGCACGCAGCGCCAAACUCCAGAAGAAACUGAAAAAAGAGGAGGCAGAGAAGAAGAAGAAACAAGAAGAGGAGGAGGAGUUGCAGAGGAUGAAGGCCAAACAAAGAGAGAAGGCUGAGCGUCUGGAAGAGAAGAAGCGACAGGAUGAGCAGAGGAGGAGGGAGCAGUUCCUAGAGGAUCAGACCAGGAGGACUGAAAGUUUUCUGCAGAGGUUUGAGAGGAGAGCCGCAGACCUUCCCAGCAGCGCCGCACACACGUCAUCCAAGAGUGAAGACGCAACGAGUGAAAAAAGAGGAAAAGAGUCAAAAAGUGUCAGAGAACUAGAGCAAGAGCGCAAGAGGGUAAACAUGGCCUUCCUGGACAAACUCGAGGGUCAGAGUAGAAGGACGGAGAAAGAGGAAAAUAUUCAGGAGGCGGGUCAUUCAUUUUUGGAACCUCACAACUUCAGACAACAGACAACUCAACAAAGUCCGGUGACUCACCUGAAACCUGACGAGGAGGACAGCUUCUCUGGCUUGACAUCGGAAACUGAGCCUGACUACGACUGGGCCUUGAUGAAACUGAUGACCAGCUUUCCAGACUGUGCCAAAUGCUUCCUGGAGGAUAUCCUGACCCAGUGCGACGGCGAUUAUGAGAAGGCCCAUUCAUUACUCAUCUGCACGCUCAGUUGACUUUUGUCUUCAACAGGGGAACGAGCUUUCAUUCAUUUCGCGACCAGCACCGUGGGCGAAGAAUUAUGUUGAAUAGUGAAGCUCCAGAUCAGACGUCAAAGAACAAGAGGAAGAAAGAAGAAAGCAAUCCCGAGCAGUUUGGUGGAAAAAUCUCAACUGUGCUGACUAUUCUCCACUACAGAUGACUGUGUGCUUUCUGUAAUCUGUUUCCCUUAACGAUAGGCUCGUGAUUCAUGUGGAGUUUUGCUUUGACAUGAAGUUAAAUUGAUGAACAUUUUCUUAAAAUUUGGUUGACGGUCAUUGCCUCAUGACUCAUAAUCUCCAGGUCCUUUAAUUAAACUGGUGUGUGUAAACAGAAAAAAAAUGUCUACCCAUAAACAUGAUGCUUCUGAUUUAUUUCUUUAGAAAGAUACAUGUUAAGUGUCUACAGCGGGAGGCAAAAAGAAUGAAAGAUGGGUGUUUGGAUAGUUGUUGUAUGGCUGAUAUUGGGCUGUAAAUGUCAGCCGCAGUGCAACGGAGGUGGUUAUCGUUUUCACAGAGGCAGCACAGAACAAUGGGUGGUGCUGUCCACAAGAGGGGCUGAAAAUCCCCUCUACUUCAGCAUGAAGUCAUGUUUACUGCUGAUGUCACCCAACAAAUAUCCCUCCUUCAUAGAUCAACAUAAAUCCAACAGUUCUGCUUUAAAAUAAGACGAUGAUGAUGCUCAUGUUUAAUUGAGCUUCUCUGAUAUUCUCUGGUAUUGAUUUGAACCAAUUUUUUCCAAUUAACUCAAAUAUUAAUAAAUCCCUAAAGGUUUUUUUAUAUUGAAUUUGCGGACAAAGAUAAAUUCAUAUUGUCAUAUGGGAUGGAAGUAUCCCUUUUUUCCAUUUAUCAGUGUGAAAUAGUUUGUUUUCUUUUUGACUGACAUAAUUAUGAUUCUCCUGUGUGGUUCAGUGCAAAGCAAAUAAAUAGGAUUCUAUGCACCUCUACAUAAUUGUUUUACUCAUAGUCAUUUCACAAACGUGUAAUGAAGAAAUAAAAUCGCCUUUC